AUGCCCCCUCCGGAUCCAAGAACGCGAAACAGCGUCGCGUUCGACUCCUCGCGGUUCACGUCAUUGUACUACUCUUCAAGCACAUCCUUGACCUCAUUGCUUGUUUACGGUGUUGCGUUCGCUCUCGCUGUCCAUACCGGGCGGGAUGUUCUGUCAUUCGAUGUCGACGUCUUCUGGCUGCUCAUCAGAGUGCUCGCCUGUAAGGGCCUGGGGGUCUUGCUGGGGGAGGUGCGGACGAAAAGGCUAUCGAAUUCCCCACACCUUGAGUGGUCUACGGUAGCUGUGACAUCCCUCUUGCUACUUCUACGGCAUGCGUGUUUCCUUGUAGCCCUCUCAAGCUUAGCUCCUCUAAGAGCCGUUAUCUUGACUGCGUCGUCACCCGUUUGGCUGAGGUCAUUCUUAGCACCGACAUGGACAGCGCGGACAUAUUUCUGUCUCCUCGGCUUAGUUUCCUCUUUCAGCCUCGAUGCCAAGUUCCUCCAUCAAAGUUUCCGAACGCCUUUCCUGACGUACGUAGUUGUUCUUGUGGACGCGGCUGCGUCCAUGCUUCUUGAAGACAUAUACGAUACUCCGCCUUCUCCUUCUGUCAUGGAAUCAGCGAGCGUACUUGGUGCUUCCGCUAUCGGCCUCCCAUUCUACUUGCUGCGAAAGAUUGCGUUUGCUAGGCCUCGAACCCCUAUCCUUCCCCUCAGUUCCCUGGCGGCUUGUCCGCUCUUAGCAUAUGUCAUGACGAAGCCGUCGUCCAAGGCAGUCCGGUCCCCGGCGCGCUUGACACCUCGGAAUACAAGUCUACUAUAUUAUCUUUGCGUAAUUGCCGCAGUGAUACUAGACGGCUUGCUGUACGCGGAAAUUCCGUCUUGGUCCGACGUGUUUGUAGGGGUGUUGCUUGCUUACGGUGUCCAUCAAAAGCCGACGGAUGGGCAAUCUCAAUUAUCCAAGCCCAUCAUGCCCGUCUUGCGGUCGUACUUGAAAAACAUUCUGGCUAAUCCCGAAAGCAGAAAGAUAUUCUACUUCUUGCUGCUUAAUUUGGCGUAUAUGUUCGUUCAAGUGCUGUAUGGUAUCUGGACAAACAGUCUUGGCCUAAUAUCUGACGCUAUUCAUAUGGCAUUUGACUGCAUGGCAAUUGGAGUGGGACUGGUGGCCUCGGUAAUGGCGACUUUGCCGCCGAACGAACGCUUCACUUACGGCUAUGGUCGUAUCGAAACACUGUCAGGCUUCGCGAACGGGAUAUUUCUACUCCUCAUCUCCGUCUUCAUCGUAUUCGAAGCGAUCGAACGCUUGAUGGACCCACCGGAGAUGAGCACGAAUCAGUUACUCCUCAUCAGCAGUAUGGGGCUAGGAGUCAACCUGUUCGGUAUGUUCGCCAUGGGCGGCCAUCAUCAUCACGACACGUUAGGGUCGGUCGGAGUGAUCAUCUCGACAUUGCUGAUACAAUUUUAUGGCUGGACUGGAUUUGAUCCCAUAGCCUCGCUAUUUAUUGCAAUUAUGAUUGCCGCUAGCGUAAUUCCACUGGUCAUUGACACUGGCAAGAUACUCUGCCUGGAUAUCUCAGAUCGCGAAGUCAGCAUUGAACGAGCUCUACUGGAGCUUGAUUCGCUCGAAGGAGUCGCUUCCUAUAAGUUCCCUAGGUUCUGGCCAAAAGACGCGUCCAGCGUCAUCGGAUCAAUCUGCAUUCAGAUACAUCCUGCAUGGACGCGUUCUGAUUUGUUAGAUCAUUCUGCGGGCGAAGUGGACCGGGUUGUCGAGAGAGUUGACUCAUUGCUUCGUAGCAGGAUACCGGGGCUGGAGGAGCUUACAAUUCAAGUGGAAGGCUGACACCAAGCGACUCGCGGAUGUCUCCAGUAGUACUGAUCACUACUGCUUGUAUUGAUAGAAGAUAUAUACCUUUUUCGUGGAACA